AUGGCUAGAAAAGCGCUUAUUCAGUUUGUCAAACAUUUGACCAAAUCAUCUGCUGAACGACGUCCCCAUCCUGCCGUUCCAUUUGCUUUGCCAUCUAGCUUCUUUUCCAAAGCUGGAGCACCUUCCAAUGACUCCUUUGGAAGCCAAGACGUUUUCAUUGCAAACGAUAGAAACGAACUUUCACCUCGAUUUCACCGUAUGCCACUUAGCGACUUGGAAAUGAGUAUUAUUGAAUCAGGUGGUGCUUCUGUCUAUUAA